GCGGACCAAGUCCCUAAGAAGAACUAUUUAAGAUAAGUAGAUUGUUUCAUUUGCAAAUAUCCUAUGAAGUUAAAGUUAAAGAAUUAUGCAACAACGGUUCGAAGUUCUUCCUCUAACUGUCAAGAGUCGCAAGUUCGACCGUUUAGUACGCAGCGCUGUCAAUUUACAAAGGUAAAAACUAGAAGUGUUUAGCAACGGUCGCGUAAAGAAGUUGCUUUGCACAGAGAGAGGAAAUGCAACCAUAAGGCCCAGUUGAACGACACGGUGCAGGUAAUAGGGGAAUGCCUACCCUGCUCUCUCCCUUUUCCCGUUCUAGUGUAUAGUCCUCUGGAGCCUGAGGCUGAGAAGGAGGCAUAACACCAGGAAAAAUGGCCCCAGCUACUAAGAAGACGAAGAAGACCCAGGAGAACAUCAAUGCGCGUCUUGCGCUGGUGAUGAAGAGUGGCAAGUACACUCUGGGCUACAAGACCUGCCUGAAGACCCUGCGCUCGGGCAAGGCCAAGCUGGUCAUCAUCUGCAACAACUGCCCGGCUGUCCGCAAGAGCGAGGUGGAGUACUACGCCAUGCUCUCCAAGACUGGCGUGCACCACUACGCCGGCAACAACGUUGACCUGGGUACCGCCUGCGGCAAGUACUACCGCGUCAGCGUGCUCGCCAUCACCGACCCCGGUGACUCGGACAUCAUCAAGUCCGUGGAGUAAACGUGUGGCUGCACUGUGGCUUCCGCGGUUGUUACGUCCCCUGGGUCGAUUGUAACGUCCCCU